ACAGGAUUGGACCAAAUGUAUAUCAUACUAGUAAUAGCAUUAUUUAUAACUGGAAUGCUGGGGAAUGUGUUCAUUGGAGUGGUAAACUGCUCUGACUGGGUCAAGAACCAGAAAAUCACCUUCAUCAACUUAAUCCUGGUCUGUUUGGCAGCUUCCAGAAUCAGCUCUGUGUUGAUGGUAUUUAUUGAUUCAACCAUAGCGGAACUAGCUCCUCAUUUCUAUUAUUCUUACAGUCUAGCAAAAUGCUCUGAUAUAUUCUGGGUUAUAACUGAUCAACUGUCAACGUGGCUUGCCACCUGCCUCAGCAUUUUCUACUUAUUUAAAAUAGCCCACUUCUGCCAUCCCCUUUUCCUCUGGUUGAAGUGGAGACUGAGAGGAGUGCUUGUUGUUUUUCUUGUAUUUUCUUUGUUGGUAUUGAUUUUUUAUUUUCUACUGCUUGAAACACUUCAUAUUUGGGGAGAUAUUUAUGUGAUCUCUAAAAGCAAUCUGACUUCAUUUUCAAACACAACUAAGACCAUUGCUUUUCAAAAGAUAAUUUUUUUUGAUAUAAUAUAUGUAGUCCCAUUUCUUGUGUCCCUAGCAUCAUUGCUCCUUUUAUUUUUGUCCUUCUUGAAGCACUCCCGAAAUCUUGACCUGAUUUCUACCACCUCUGAAGAUUCCAGAACCAAGAUCCACAAGAAGGCUAUAAAAAUGCUGGUGUCUUUCCUCGUUCUCUUUAUAGUUCACAUAUUUUGCAUGCAAGUGUCACGGUGGUUAGUAUUUAUGUUUCCAAUGAACAGGUCAAUUAAUUUUGCCUUGUUAACAUUAAAUAUCUUUCCCUCAACUCACUCAUUUAUUCUCAUUGUGGGAAACAGCAAGCUUCAUCAGACAGCAAUGAGGGUCCAGCAACAUCUUAAAAUCCAGCUUCAAGAGCUGAUCCUCUUCCUUCAUCGAUUCUCCAGUAUUCACUAG